GAUGAAAAAAGUAUAGUUAUGGUGAAGAAGCCAGUAAGUCUCGAAAAGCUCCAGGAAAUUGUAACCAAGAGAUUUGGUGCAUCAUACAUAUACUGGUAUAAUACUGAGACUAGGACCAUCAGUGGGCUAUCAACACAGAAUGAAUUAGAUUUUGCUCUUUCCAUAUACGAGAGAUUCACUGGCAUCACCAGCCUACGUGUUGUUCUCUCCCGUCAACCAGUCACCAUCACAGCCCCACCCACUGAUGUGUUAAGCUCCGCCUCUCCCACUCCCGAUAAUUUAAAGGAACAAGUGGCAAAAUUCACUCAAAGGUCCCAAUCAGAGCCGUACUUUAUGCGUAAUACUACCGAAGGUUUUCGGGAAAGCCCCGACAUGUAUUUCCACACUUAUCACGGCUUUAGGAACAUCCCCGAAGAGCCUUCUAGAAGGGACUCUCCUCCACCUGGUUUUAUUGACGAGCCCUCUACACCAGUGCCUCUUGAUAUUGGGGGAAAGGAAGGAGGUAAAUUCAUUCCCGAGGUUGAAGAUGAUGAUCUCGAUAAUGCAUCCCCAGCCUCAAUCCCUUCUACUUUGGACAUGUCAUUCAUUUCCGAGGAGAACCUCUCGAUUACAGGUGUAGACGGUUUACUGAGGCAUCAUGAAUAUUCACUAUAUGAUGACAAAGAACACGGAGCCGAAUCAUUGACAAGAACAUACCCAAGAGAGAAGAGUUACUCAAUGGGGGAGCUUCCAUCCCACACUCAUAAAGCUAUGUAUGGAACUUAUCCAUUGAAUCCUCCUCCCAAGCUCCACCCACCUUUAUCGUCGCAUUAUCAUCACAAAAUGGUUCCAGGGAGCUCUGACAGUCGGAGGUUACAAGAUUCUGAGCUCCCGAUACAGAAGUUAGCAUCACUGACUGUGUCCCACAAAAUAACAGCCCCAGCAAGAUGGAGUAAAGGAAGACUAUUGGGUACAGGAGCAUUUGGACAGGUCUUUUUAUGUACUGAUUUAGAUACACAGAUGGACAUGGCAGUCAAAGUGGUUGAUAUUGAUCACAUUGAGAAUAUCAAGCCGUCACUUGAUUCGCUUAAAAUGAGCAAAGAAGUCCGUUCGUUUGAAACUGAAGUCCAGCUGCUUAAGAAUAUACACCACGAGAGGGUCGUGGGAUACUACGGAACUGAAAGGAGAGAAGGGAAAUUAUUUAUUUUUAUGGAAUACCUAGCAGGAGGUUCAAUAUAUCAACAUUUAAAGAACACAGGAGCACUGAGUGAGGCACUUACUAGAAAAUACACAAGACAGAUACUGGAAGGAGUAGCAUUUCUUCAUGGAAUGAAAAUAGUUCACAGAGACAUCAAAGGUGCUAAUAUCCUAAGAGAUUCAAAUGGCAAUGUUAAAUUGGCUGAUUUUGGUGCCUCAAAAAGACUACAAACGAUCAGAAGUGGAAUUGGGAGUGUUCAUGGAACUCCUUACUGGAUGGCACCUGAAGUCAUCAAGGGCGAUGACCCAUACACUUUCAAAGCAGAUAUAUGGAGCGUCGGAGCUACUGUUGUUGAAAUGUUAAAGUGUCGCCCUCCGUGGUCGGACUUUGAGCCGACGGCGGCCAUGUUUAAAAUAGUUAUGAACGACACAAAGCCAGACCUUCCUCCCCACUGCUCAGAGCAGGCACACAACUUCAUUGAGCUCUGCUUCAUCAAAGAUAAAAAUGAAAGACCGUCAGCAAUGGACUUAUUGAGCCAUUCCUUUUGCUCAGUUUUUCCGAACACUUAAUAUUAUUAUUAUUAUUGUUAUUUUUUCAUUGUAAGUAUUCUUAUUCUUAUUAUUAUUACUAUUAUUAUUAUUAUUGAUAUUGUUGUCAUACAUUAUUCUUUUCUUCUUUUUUUAAUCAUUUUUUUUCUUGUAAUUUGUUUCUUAUUGAAGAACCUAAAAAUAGUGAAAACAAAA